AUGGAGGCGAUAAUGUCACGUGCGCACAUCCGUCCUCGCUUAUCUAUCCAUCAAUAUCAUUCCACAAGCGGAAAUAAACCACUACAGGCGAUGAAUCUUGUUUCCGCUUCAAUUACGUCAAUGGGGGACCCCAACUCGGAGAAAUCUUCCGGUUCCAAUCCAACAUCUAUAAAACUAACUGAUUCCUUCAGAGACUGGUGGAUUAGUUCUUCUUAUCUCAGGAGUCCUACGCAAAAGGUUGCUCCGCCAAAUGAUUUAAUUGCCGCUCGUGAACGGAACAGUACCAUUGAGUACGAGUUGUUUCGUGCAAUUCUAUCGGAAAAUGUCUACAUCCAUCCUCCCACGGAACACGGGUUGGAAAAAGCCGAAGAGCAUAGUUCGCCUAUACGAGGGCGUUUUCUAAAUGUGGAGCUCAACAGAGAAGAGUCAGGCGACUUCAUUCACGAGUUCGAGCUUAAAAAUACUUCAGACCCGAGCCUUCCUCCACGCCACAUUGUUUUCAUUCAUGGAUACAUGGCGGCAAUGGGAUACUUUGUGAAAAACUUGGAGGCUUUUGCCACACUGUAUGGCAACAUCACCAUUCAUGUGAUAGACAUGCCUGGGUUUGGGAACUCGGCAAGACCACGCUUUCCUUCGGACAUCAUCAAACUACCUCGCAACGUAACCCAUGACCAGGAAAUCAACCGUGUUAUUCGGGCUGAAUGUUGGUUUAUUGACCGUUUUGAAGCGUGGCGCAAAGCUCGGGAAAUUGAGCAGUUUGAUCUUCUUGCUCAUUCCAUGGGCGCAUACCUUUCAAGUUGCUACAUCAUGAAAUACAACCUAAGGCCUGACGGUAAAAAAAUCGUUCACAAGUUUAUUAUCAUCAGCCCUAUGGGAACCGAAUCGAGUGAGGUGAGUUUGAUCAAUAACUCGAAGCUCCAGUACAAUCACCACGAGGAGGGUGGCGAUCCUUUGCGAGAAAUCAUCACUAGCCAGGAUUUUGCGGAGGGUUCUCGAGAAGAUGAAGUGACCAAGAUAUGGGAAAUGUUGGGCAAGCCCAAGUUUCCUCGAAACGCAUUGCUCAAAACGCUUUGGCAGUGGAACAUUUCGCCAUUCCAGGUCCUUCAAUUACUUGGUCCUAUGUACUCCAAAAUUUUGUCGUACUGGUCUUUCCAAAGAUUCAAGAACCUAAAAGCCAAUGGAGUCGGGGAAUUGGAGAACGGAAACAGUGACCUAAUCUUGAAACUUCACGAGUACUCUUAUUCUAUAUUUAAUCAGUACCAAGGAUCUGGAGAGUUGGCUAUAACAAUAUUGAUCAACCAUGAAAUUUUACCAAGAUUGCCUUUAUGCGAUCGGGGUUUUGCUGAACAUCUCCAGCGAACUGGAGUCCAAACUAUGUGGAUGUAUGGAGAUAAAGACUGGAUGAACCAGAAGGGAGGCGAGUAUUGCGUUGAAAAGCUCCACAAAUUAGGAGAUAAAUCUGCGAAGCUCGAAGUCAUAAAAAAUGCUGGCCAUCAUGUGUACUUAGACAACCCUGCCGACUUUAAUUCUGCAGCAAUAGCAUUUCUCGGGUUAUAG